AUGCGAGGACCACGCAGCCCACCCCAGACCCCCCAUCCCUGCUGCCCCGCCGGCCGCCGACCAGGCCUCACCCGCGCCCGCGGGCAACCCCCGCUCCCCCGGGCCCCUCCCUUCAGCCGUUGCAACGGACUCUGGCGAGAGCGGGGCGGGGGGAGUGGGGUCGGGGGCCGGUGCAGCCCCGGCCGUCGGGGCCCGGGGGUUUCGCACUCCGGGGUCCCGGGAGGUUCGCAGCGGGCACUGGGAGGCCGAGAUCCGCGGCGGUGCUGGCGCUUCGGGAUGCCCUGUCCCAACGCCCGGGCAGAGGGACGGGAUGGGGAGAGCCUCGCCGUCAGGGAGGAGGGCAGCUCCCACGCAGCCCCGGUAGCACACCAUUUCUACAGGCACCCGGAAUGCACGGCAGAGCGCACGCGUGUCCGUAACCUAAAUUUUGGGGACUUGUCUGUGUCUGACGGGCAAAAGUUAUCAUCUGACUCAGAGGCAGCGGAACCCCAUCCUCAGGAGCCUCAGACUCCUGAUGACUCGGCACCUGCUGGUCAGUUUUUCCUUGUGAACUGGCCGGAUCGUUAUGAAGUCAUCAGGGACAGAAUUGAGCACAUUGAUUGGGUACCCACUGCCCCUGAGCCAUUGUACACUCCAACAGGUUUGGAGAUGACACCACAAUACCAAACUCCUGAGACAGGCACUGUUGUUUAUCCAGGCAAAGAAGUGAGAGAUCACUGCCCCUUGAACCCAGCCCUCCAUCAGAAAGAGGACAACACGCUGAUCUUCGAAGCAAGGUUUGAAAGUGGGAAUUUGCAGAAAGUGGUAAAAAUCAACGAAUUUGAGUACCAGCUGACACUGCGCACUGACCUCUACACCAGCAGACACACACAGUGGUACUACUUCCAAGUAAGCAAUACGCAGGCAGGGGUCCCAUAUCGUUUCACUAUUGUCAACUUUUCCAAGCGUAACAGCUUAUACAAACGUGGCUUGCAGCCACUGUUGUACUCAGAAGCCGACGCUAAGAAGCACCGGGUUGGCUGGCGAAGGACUGGAAAUGAAGUCAAAUAUUAUGCAAACAAUGUGGGCCAAGGCCGACAUCGAUAUUUCUCGCUCACUUGGACGUUUCAGUUCCCUCACGACCAAGACACUUGUUACUUUGCCCACUGCUAUCCUUACACCUACUCCAACCUGCAGGAGUACCUGGUGGCCAUCUCUAAAGAUCCAGUGAAGUCCAAGUUCUGCAAGAUCCACAUCUUGUGCCGUUCACUGGCGGGAAACAUAGUGAAUGUUUUAACUAUCACCAACCCCUCCAAAAGUGACAAGGACACUGAGAGGAAGGCUGUGAUACUAACAGCGAGGGUGCAUCCAGGAGAAACUAACAGUUCCUGGAUAAUGAAGGGCUUUCUGGAUUACAUUCUUGGAGAUUCAGACAAAGCUCAACUGCUACGGGACAAUUUUGUUUUCAAAGUGGUACCCAUGUUGAAUCCUGACGGCGUGAUUGUGGGGAAUCACCGUUGCUCUUUAACAGGUCAGGACUUGAACCGCAAAUAUAGAUCCAAUGUGAAGAAAUGGUAUCCUUCCAUCUGGUAUACCCAAAACAUGAUCAAAAGAGUAAUGGAGCAACGUGAUGUUUUUCUGUAUUGUGACAUCCAUGGUCACAACAGGAAACAAAAUGUCUUCAUGUAUGGCUGUGAGAGAAAGCAUGAAGGAAAGGCACCAUGCGCACAUCCACGCAGUUUCCCACUCUUGCUGAGCAAGAGCUGCCCAGAUAUGUUCUCAUUCCCAGACUGCCGUUUCAGAGUACAAAAGAGCAAAGCAGGCACGGGUCGAGUGGUAAUGUGGAAGAUGGGCAUCAGCAACAGCUACACCCUGGAAGCCUCCAUCUGUGGCUCUCAGUUGGGCGGCAGACAAAGCACCCAUUUUGAUAUGAAAGACUUAGAGUCAAUAGGACAGCAUUUCUGUGAUGCUCUCUUGAACUACAGUGUUCAUAACAAGGAGGAACACGAGAAAGUAGUGAAACAGGAAGAUAGGUUGAACCCCAAGGUCAAGAAUUCUGAUGUGCUACUCUGGGAUUCCAGCAGCCAAGAUUCUGACAGCUCAGACUCCUUUGAACUUGUUGCACACCAGCCAAAACUAGGUACUAAGAAAAAAACUAAAACAUCACGAGAACAUUUUCACAGCACUGCUAAGGACAGAAGUCAUGAAACCAAAAAUACUCAGCACACUGAAACUCAACAUGAGUUAUUUCAGGUACUUGACACAGCUAAAAAAGAUAUCCACAAACCCUUGAAAGAGCCUGCUAUCAAGUGUCCAAAAUCAAUGACUUCAUUUCUGAAGAAAGCAGCAAAGUAGAAAUGUCCGGAACAGAAGUCUUCCUGUCCU